GGACAAGUCAGAAGAAUGACAGAUAAGGCUUACCAAGUUACCACCAAUCCAACAUAUCCCUCCAAGAAAAAUUCACAUUUGUGUUCCUCAUCCACUAUUCCUCCACCACCAGCAACAAUCAUGAACUCCAAACUCAAUUACAUGAACAAAUCUCCCAAGACAGACACCACCAAUUCCUUUUGGAACUGGAAGAAGGGACCAAACAGCAAUAACAGAAAGCGCAGCGAAAAGCGGUUAUUGGUCACUGGAUUCCUACAAGACAACGGCCGGAAAACAGAAGCAGCGGGUGUGCUAGGCCCUGGAGGCGGCGUGGGUGUCGGAUGCGGUGCUGGAGUAGGGUUCGGGUUGGUUGGAGGAGUUGGGUAUGGUGGUUGGCCAUGGAACCAUGUGAGAAUGGUUUUUGGGGUUGGGAUGGGUUGUGGGUUGGGAGUCGGGUUUGGGUACGGGCAUGGGUUUGGAUUUGGGUUUAGUUUGGAUUCAUUAGAAGUUUAUUUCUGAAAAGAAAUUCUGAUUCAAAUAAGGGGAUUGUGAUUCAGAUAUAGUUUAUCACUUCAUUUUUGUGCUCAUUCUUGGAAGCAAAAUAAAAUUUAACCUAAAUUUUGUAGUUGAUUCCUAUGAUAUGAUAUCCCUAUCUGUUUAUUUAGUUUAAUCAGAUCUUCUGGUUAUUUUUAUUUAAUUAGCUCUUUUGUAACAAAUCCAUGUGGUGUCUUACAUAGAUUUUUAUCAGUUGAAAGGAAACAACUAAACUUACUGU